AUGGACCUGGGAUCGUUGGGACGUCCAAGGCAACGUGGUGACGCCGGACCGUUUGAUGAGAUGGCGUUGCGAGGAACCCUUUGGGGCUCCCACGCACAAUUCGAGCUGCUUCCAAUGAACGCUAAUGACAACGACACCUUCAACAUAGCUCGGGCACAAACCACGUCUUCGAAUGUGAUCUCAAUUGCUCAGAACUCGGGGGUUAGCAGAAGCACCAUCGCUGUUGGGGAUGUUCACCAGGUUAUCUUCAAUGUUUCUCGCGCCCCGGAUGACCAAUCAAGGUUGAAAGAACCGGACAUUCCACGGGGUGAUGUCAAUUCACACCCAGGGAGCACGGCGGAGCGAGAAGCGCAACAAUUGUUGGCCAAAACACUGUCGGACUGGCUCUUUCAUGGCACGAAUUUUCGCGCCAUCCACAUCGAGAACCUCGAAAAAUGGACCAGAGGAACACUCGCUUGGUUUCUCGAAUCCGACUGGUACCAAGCAUGGAAGGAUGGUCCAGACCGGAUCAUAUGGGGAACGGGGAUGCCGGGCGCGGGGAAGACCGUUCUUGCCUCCAGGACUAUUCACGACAUCGAGGAAUACAAGGCGGCCUCCGAUGCGAAAAUAUGCAUAGUCUAUGCGUACUUCCGCCACGCUGAUUCCUUGACCACCAAGGAGACUCUCGAGGGAUUCAUACAGCAGUUCCUAGAGUGCGACCCUUCGUUGUCCAGCAUUGUCGAGCCCCUCUACUCGCACCACCACCACUACAAGACUCGCCCAACCCUGGAUGAGCUCCUCGACGUACUGAAACAGCUCGAGUCCCACUUCGACAUCGUCUUCUACGUCCUUGAUGGGGUGGAUGAUACACGGGUAGAGACGCAAAUCGGGCUUGUUCGGGCAAUUAAGGUGCUCAAGGGCAAGUUUGCUCUGACUUCCCAACCGCUCAAGCGCUUGGAGUCCGGGCUUCCUUCCGCACGAAUGUACGAAGUGGUUGCGAAGGCCUUUGACAUAGAGACUUUUGUUGCCCAUCGGAUUGAAGAAAACCCGGCCCUCCGCACGCUGCUGGACGAACACGACUACGUGCAACAGGCAACCUCGCAAAUCGUCGAGAGAUCGAAUGGAAUGUUCCUACACGCUUCCCUCCAGCUGGAGAAUCUCGAGCAUUGUUUGAGCACCAGCACGAUUCAGAGGUCUCUGGAACAGCUUCCGGAGGGGCUAGACAACAUGUACGCUGUCAUUGUUGGAAGGAUCCAAGACCAGCCUUCAGAAAGCGCAGACGUCGGGAUGCGGGCGUUGGUAUGGCUGGUGUUUGGGCGAGAGUGCUUCACCGCCUCUGAGCUUUGCCAUGCCCUCGCAAUAUGUCCUGAAACCGGCGUGUUUGAAGAAACCCGAAUGGUGAAAGAUAGCGCACUCAUUUCGGCGUGCUGUGGUCUCGUGAAGAUCGAAAAGGAUACUGGGAUUGUCCAGCUCAUCCACUCCACAGCCUUCGAUGCUUUGAAGACGAUCCUGGCGCAACGACUGCCUAACCCACACAGCCUCCUUUUCAACGUGACCUCGAGGCAACUUCUGGCAUUCGGUAUCCCAAAUAAUUCAGGGAAACUCAAAACGAAGAUGGAUCUUGACGCCGCCCUUCAUCAACAUCCCAUUCUACCCUAUUCAUACAGACACUGGGCCGACCAUGCCUUGGAAUGUCUAUCUUGCCAUGAGUUCUCAGAGGUCGUGCUCGAAUUUAUCCGAAAAUGCCACUCAUUCCCUUAUGUUUUCGCUCGCUACACAGGUCGUUCUGACGGUUUGGACUACCUCUCCCCCAUACACAUCGUCGCACGACACGGCUUCCACGGUCUUCUGCUCCCGCUGUCGUUGGGUGCACCAAAAGGAUGGGCCACGCUCAGGACCAUAGGCGAGCAUAUGUCAACGCCCUUAAUGAUCGCUUCCCAAUACGGCCAGGAGGAGGUUGUCGAGCGCUUGCUUGAAUACAACAAUCGCCUCAGGAGUGGCAUCGGAUGCAUGAGUCUACUACUACUACGACUUGGCCCGUGCCCGUUCGCAACCAAAACGGUCAAUCUUCAAGAUGACAAGGGCAGGACGGCUUUGAUGUAUGCAUCGGCCAACGGGCACACUGGGAUUGUGCAGCGUCUUCUCGAGCAGGGCAAACUCGACCCCAACAUACGCGACAAGUCUGGAUGGACGGCUUUGAUGCACGCGUCUAGCGAGGGACAUCUCGACAUCGUGCUGCGGCUAAUGGGUUACAGAGGGCUCCACGUCAACGUCGUAGACGGUGAAGGAUGGUCGGCUGUUUUCCAUGCUUUAUGGAGAGGGCACGAGGAAAUCGUGCAGCACCUACUUGGUUUCCGUGACGUCCAAGUCGGAGGGACGGACAAGGCUGGGCGGACAGCUUUGAUGUGCGCGAUCGGCAGCCGUCGUCGAAGUCUUGUUUCACAGAUUCUGGGACGACCAGACACGGAAAUCAAUGCGAGGGACCACAAAGGGUGGACAGCGCUGAUGUAUGCAUCGAAUGAAGGGCUCGAACACAUCGUCGAGGACCUUCUCCGUCACGCAGACAUCCAAACCAACCUCAAAGAUGACACCGGCAGAACCGCUUUAAUCUUUGCUUCAUCCAACGGUCACACGGGCGUUGUAAGACGCCUCAUUCGACAUGCCAGCACACUGGUUAACCUCCCAGAUCGGGAGGGGAAGACGGCGUUGAUUCAUGCAUCGCUGAAUGGCCGUGGAGAGACGGUGGAGGAGCUGCUUGGCCACAGCGCGGUGCAGGUCAAUCUGAAGGACAAACAUGACCGGAGGACGGCCUUGAUGUAUGCGGCAAGGGACAACCACGAAGACGCCGUUCGCGCCCUGCUUUCCCAUCCGCAUAUCCGGGCAAACGAACAGGACAGGCUCGGGUGGACCGCCCUGAUGCUCGCAGCCAGGAAUGGCCAUAGUGGCACUGUGAAGCCCUUGCUACAACAUAAACCCAUCCUCGUCAAUGUCGAGGCUCGCCAUGGAUGGACGGCACUGAUUUACGCCUCGAUGAACGCCUGUGAAGGCGUCGCAAAGCAGUUGCUGGAGCAUCACGACAUUGACGUCAACAGAAAGGAUAACAAGGGAAGGACAGCCUUGAUCUACGCCUCGAUGACCGGCCGCGAUGCCAUCGUUCAGAGUCUAGUUGACCACAAGGAUACCAAGGUCAACCUUGAAGACGACGAAGGGAAGACAUGUCUGAUGUAUGCGCUAAUGCGAGGCCACGAUGAUGCUGCCCAGAUCCUCCAGCUCAAAGACGCCAUCGUCCCCGUCAGGAUCGACAAUGGAGGAAUCGCGAUGGUCAUCGCUGCCCUCAAGGGUGACCCCGAGUUUGUAUAUCUUCUCGAGACUGCAGGCGUCAAACUUCUCCAGAGCCCCAAAAAGAAGCUUUCUUCAUUGGACAGUGUAUUUUGUAUCAGUAGUAAGUAG